AUCUCGGUGUUUUAUGUCUGCGUCACAACAAGUCGGUGGAGAGCGCGAGGCAGGGAUGAUGGCGUCUCUGGCGGCUUGAUUCCGGUGCUGCUCCGACAGAAACCCGCCUUAAUAGCAUCAAUAGAGGGGGAGAGGAGGGCGAGAGAGACGGGGACAUGACGAAACGGCACAGCGGAGGAGGACGGACAAACUAGGCUGAGAGACGGACGGACAGUCAGUCAGUCAGUCUCAUUCCCCCCCUCCUCCUCUCCACUCCUCCUCCUCCUCCUCCUCUUCCACCUCCUCCUCCUCCUCCUCGGCUUGACUGACACACACUGGCGCUUGGCACAGACAGGGACAUACAUGCACAUCAUCCACUUUUUGCAAACACACACGCUGCGCAUCCGAGCGGGCAGUAAUUGGGCAGCGGAGAUCCACAGCAGAUGAGGGCAUUUCAUGUCCAGGCUGCCCAGGAAUCACUGUGACCCCGACGGAAAGGAGUUCGACUUGACAGGUACCCUUCACCGGCAAGCUUCCUCUCACCAAAUUGCCUUAUUUUUGAUUCACAGAAAGGCUACGCACACUGUUUUUGCACCCUGCGUCUGUCUUGACUUGAGUGCAUGCACUGGAACAAAUGUGCAGAGAUAAAGCCUGCACAGUCAUUUCAUGCAUCUAUUCAAGUUUUUAAGAUGUUAGGAGAAGAAGAAGAAGAAAGCUGCAAAGUGCCCGCUUUAAGUCAUCUUAGCUCAUUCAAUCUUGCAGCAGUCAUCAUGCAGUGUUUUGUCUGUGAGCGCUCCUGUGUGUGUGUGUGUUUCAUGUGUGCAGUAAUCAUUUGUCUUGCUCUCCGGUUGUGUACUCACUCUCAUCUUUCACUGUGGUGGAUACAGGCUGUCGCUAUGCUCUGGUCUAAAAGGAGGAUGAGGAGAAGAGAGGAGGAGGAGGAGGGUAGAGAUUUUAACCCCUCUGCACUGAAAAAGCCCGCCUGUCUGAGAGCCAGCCGGAAAAAAAAAGAAAAAGAGAGAGAAAUCCGGGGCCAUAAACCCCUCUGUCAGCAACAGCAGCAAAGUAUUCAGCGAAUAAAUCGGAUUUCCAUUUCACAUGAGCCCUUCUCUCUCUCCUCCUCUCUCCCCCUUCUCUGUCUCUCUCCUCAGGAUGGGGGGAGUAAGUGAAGGAGAUGAUGUGUUGGCUCGAUGGAGUGAUGGACUACUGUACCUCGGCAAUGUGAAAAGAGUAAGUGCAUGUGUGUGUGUGUGACAGAAAGAAGAGACUUUUGAGAGUGUGUGUGUGUGUGAGAAAAGACUUCCAUUUAGUUUUGUCAAUCAUUCCGCUCACCUGCUAUCUCCCUCUCAGGUAGAUGGAGUCAAGCAAUGUUGUCUGGUGAGAUUUGAGGACAACUCCGAGUUCUGGGUGCUGAGGAAGGACAUUCACUCGUGUAAGAGAAACUCUUUUUUCUUUCCUCACAGCUAGAGGAGUAAAUAGCUUCCUAUUUGGGGCACUUAAUGUCUGAAAACGCUCCUAGUUUGAGUUCCUGAAUGCGCAGGUGCUCCGCUCUCUCCUCCAACUCUGAAACUUUGCCUGAGGAGUUAAAGAGGUACAUUUCUGAUUCUUCCCCCUCUUGUGUAAAACUUUCGAGAUAUUUCGCACUUUUUUUUCCCUCUGAAUUGUCUUCCAAGAAAAAUCCAGAGCAGAUAUUACGCUCACGUUCAAGGUUGUGAUGCUCGGCGCUCCGAGUGUUCUGAUCGGGGCCACAUUGAGAUGUAAUUGCCGUAUUAGAGUCUAUUUAUGAAUUUAUUAGACUAAUGACUCCUCUGGGAAAUGGCGCCCCCAAUCCACCUCAACAUCAAGCGCAAGGAGGGGAAGUUGGACGCUUGUUAGAAGCAGGCUGAAUAUCCGCCCGUCAGAUGGAGUGAAAACUAAAAGGGUGCAGGAGACACUGAAAUCAAUGAGGUGGCAAGGAUGUGAAUCAAUAUACAUAAAUUAAUGCUGUUGACUGCUCUCCUUUUCUCUCUCUCUCUCUCUCUUUUCUUUCUUUUCUGUGUCUGUCUUCGUCUCUUUGUGCCAGUUGCUGCCGGAGUGGAAGAAGUUUGCUGUAUUUGUGACGCUCCUCCUCUCAAAGAGCCGCUCAUAAACUGUCUUAAGUGUCGCCACGGUAAGAACAAACGUCUCAUCAGAAGUUGUUGUGGUUUUGACCCGGUCCGGUUUAGUACAGUUUCUCGCUCCAAAACGUCUGUGAGGAACCUUUGGUUUGUGUCGGUUUUUGUGCAGAAUGAGUCCCAGUCGUGGUGUUAAUCGUUUCGAUCUGUCUCUGGACUGACAGGCAUGUUAAACACCGUCAUAAAAAUGGUGUUGUCUGCUUUUGUAGGUCACGGAGAACCACCAGUAUCAGUUCGACUCCAUUUUAUUACCUUCUAAAAACUCCUCAUUGGAGCUUUAACAGAAAACAACAACAGGACACCAUUUGUCGUGAGUGAUAGGCGUGAGUUAUUGCAUCCUGUCAACUGUAAAAAUGGGACGCUUGUCGACGUGGAGGUUUACUGAUAGUCUUUAACGUGCUGUGAGGAUUUUUCUUUAACGACUCGUCAAACAAACACGGGCUGAGCGGGCCGUCACAUUUUGGCGUAUGUCAGCGUUUGAUUCAAGUCGUGGAAACGUCUCUGUUUUUAUCAGAUUAAAGACGGUCACACUGUCUCCAGAGAGUGUUGUAAAUUCUGUUAUCCUAUUAAAACUGUUUAAUGUAAGGUUUACUGCCUCUUACCAGCAGGUGGCGCUAUGACAAAAAUGCAAAACGGGAAUAUAAAUGUGAACAGGAAGUGUCUCUAACCUCACAUGAAAUGUUUGAGGAGUUAAAGAAAUGUCUAAAGCUACCAUCGCCAGAGUUUUGUCCACAAGCUAAAGAUCCGGUCUUUAAUUUGACGUGGAUCGGAGAAAUAAAUCCAAAGUUAAAAAUCAACUACUCCCAAACAUCGGUUAGCCAUCCUUUGAGGCACAAAAACUUAUUAUCUUUCAGGUUAUUCUAGUUUUGAGGAGCUCAUCUGAUGAGGAGUUCGUUAUGGAGAUGACUAAAACGUCGCCAGUUUUUACCAAAAUUCAAUAUGGCCGACUUCCUGUUGCUUUUCCAAUAAAGGUCCAUGACACUUUUUUGUAGGCGUAGGCAUGAGACAUAAGCGGCUGAAUGCACAGUUGGGGCUGAACUUUUUAAAAGUGUGUAGCGGACCCCAUUACGCCAUUUAGCCACGCCCACAUCAAACCAGUUUGGCGAUCUGGCCCCAAUUUAUUAUUGUCGUGCUUUCAAAAUUGUGUAAGUUGACCUAAAAGCUUUGAAAACAGGCAAAAAAGUCAACUAAGAACUGCAAAUGAAUGACCUGAAUGAUCCCGGUCAGGUGUCAUGAGGCAGACUCAGUAUUUAUACAUCCUGUUGAGAUGUGAAAUCAGACCAGACUAUCUUGGAAAAGUUCCUGUUUUACUCAGUUUGUCUUCUUCUCUCUUCUUCACUCUCAUACCUGUCACACCUUCCACCGGGUUAGACUCCACUGCAGUAGAUUAAAGCUCAAAGACAUUUCACCUGCCAAAGUUUUACAGCGAGCAGCACGCUGACAUUGUUUAGAGGAAAUGCGACAAGAUUUUUGUUCAGAAAACUCCACACCUGCUCAGAAAAAGGAUCAGAAAAGAGGUCUACGUUAAGUCUCCUUAAUCAGCACUGAAACAAAGACUAUCACAGUUUAUUUGGAAGACACAAUUCAAAAUAAGGAGUCUUAAAAGUUAAAAGUUUUAAACAAUUUAUGAUUAAAUCUCAUCCUAUAUUAAUCAAUUGUAUAUAAUCAAUGACUAUUGAUUGCAUUUAUGUCAAACUACAACUACAGUGUUGUUCGAGCUUAAAAAGCACAUUUUUGAUAUUGAAUAUGGUUCCAAAAAACAUAAAUAAACAAGAGCACAUCAAGUGUCAGGAUGUCACUUUCAGCUCGUAUUUAAAGCUGAUAUGAAAACAUGUUUCAGGCAAUGAUGAUUAAAAUUUAAAGGGUCUAAGAGGUUCAUAUAUUAAAGGCUAUACUGCAAAAAUAUGUGACUUCCAUGAAAAGUUUAAAAAACAUGUAAUAGAAUCUGAAAUUAGAUCCUAAAUCUAUUGAAAUGAAGGAAGUACUGGAAGGAUCCGCUCUCAUCAUCUGUGCGUCUGCAAACAGCUGUCCAACACCAAACAAAAGAUUACAAUAAUACCACCAAGACGUGGAAGAAGAGGAAGAAUCUGUGUGUGACCUUCUCCGACUCGACUUGAAAGUCUGCAGAAAGACUCGUUUAAAGUGCGCGAACAGCAGCGUACAAAGCUUCAUAAAGGCUCUUAUGCGAAUGCCCCGAGAUCCGUUUGGAAUCGAGCUCAGAGAAACUUUCACGAAUGCGAAAACAAUCUUCUAGUGUCGGUUUGUUCGCACGCAUCUUUCUGCACGGCGAAGCUCAAACGGCGAAAUGAGGUUACAAUAAUGGAAACACAUUUUUGACUAGAGGGGGACUUAAAAAGUAUUAUGAUGAAAUGAAGUGGGGAGAAGUUUUACAAACACUCAGCACAGGCAGGAUUUCAGCGUCUUCACGGCUUCAGACGGAGAGGUUUGCUGACAGUUUGUUUUGAGGAAAAAAAAAGGCAGGCAAACAUCCGCUCUGCUCCCGAGAUGCAAAUUGUAAAGUCAAACGUUUUGCACGCUGCUGAAACAAACCAUCAGAACACUAACAUUUGAGCUGCUCUGCCAUUAUUGUCACUCCGGCUGUCUGUCUUGCAAACACGAAUUAAACGCUCGGUCUCCUCCUCCUAUUACAGGUUAUCAUCCAGAGUGCCACACGCCAACCAUCGAACCGGAAGCCGACAGCGAUUCGUGGAUAUGUCGGCAAUGUGUCUUUGCCGUCUCAACCAAGGUCAGGCUGCUAAUCUCUCCGUCUCAUACUCUCAGUGUGUAAUUUGGAAAAAAAAGAAAAAACGGUCAAAUAUAUCAGGCUCUGCUGCCCCUAUAGGGUUGUGCACAGCCGAAAUGGGUUUAUUCAAUGCAUUAAUGCUCUAAUUCACCAAGUAUUGGCUUCAGUAUGAGAUGUUCUACACUGUGUCCGAGAAAUCAUGAGGAAUCAAUAGUUAUGAAGCAGAAAAAUUACCCUCAAGUUGAGAGAAGUACAUUUAAAGUCGAUCAAUCACAUGUGCUCCAGUUCUGUUGAUGUGAGAUGAGAAAGCCGCCGCUUAAUUGUCAAUCGCUCAACGUCCGUAUCUCAUUGUCCAGUCUGCCGCCGCUUCGGACACUAUCUCUCACAGCCGACCUACAAUGAAACCAAUCGCUUUCUCGCCACCGAAUGUGAUCCGUCUCCCCCCGCUGUGCCGACAUGACAGUGAUUUGAGGGGUCACCGCCUAAUCAGCUCUGUCCCUAAAAUUGUGUUUUCAGAGAGGAGGGGCGCUGAAACGGGGACGCUUCGCCCGCCUCAUGCAGUUCAUGAAGCUCCGGCUCCCGUACCAGCUGCCGUCUUUAGACUGGGACCCGCAGCAUCUGACCAAUCAGCAGCAGUGUUACUGCUACUGUGCCGGACCUGGAGAGUGAGUGACGCUGCAGAGGCUAGUUUAAGUUUGACUGUGUAGAUCACGUGGACAAGCGUUACGCCGCGUUCGUAGUUCGGUGUUUAAUCUCUGUGCUGGUCUGCAGGUGGAAUCUGAAGAUGCUGCAGUGUGGGAGCUGUGGUCAGUGGUUUCACGAGGCCUGCACACAGUGUCUAACAAAGCCAUUACUCUACGGAGACAGGUGAGUCACCCGCCGUCAGCGCACAAAGCUCUGUACUUUCUCAAAGUUAUUUUUCCACCUUUGUUAGAAGAGACAGCUGAAGAGAAACUGGAGACACGUGGAGCAGAGAAAGAGGGCCGGACGUAGGCAGGAGGUCGAACCAGCAACUGUGUCAGUCAUUAGAGGACGCACGUGAAAGUCACACAGAGCUGCAUUUCUCUUAAUGUUGGUAUAUAAAACAAAAACAUCUGCUUAACUUGAACUCUUCUGUGGUUUGGGGGGAAGCUUUAGCCAAUCACAGAUUACACUAGGGCUGGGCGAUGUGGCCUCAAAUCAAUAUCACGAUAUAUUGAGCAGUUCACCUCGAUAACGAUAAAUGGACGAUAACUAACUUCUACUUCUGGACAAUAGGUGCAAAUUUCUUGAGUUCUUUGCAGCUUCGAUCACACUCUAUGCAGAUGAUGCACUGUACUAUUAAGGGAGCAGCAAGGGUGGAAGGGCGUCCAAUAUGACGAAGCAUUUAAUUUAACAUGAUUGAAUUUGAGGGGAUGUACCAUAUUUGAUGAGUUAAAAUCUCAUUAUAGUACCGUACGAACGUCUCGUCACACUCAAAACACAGAUGCAUCAUAUUGAGGGUUAAAUAGUCAUAACUAUGAUAUGUUCAAUUAGGGCUGAGCGAUAUGGCCUCAAAUCAAUAUCACGAUAUAUUGAUCAGUUCACCUUGAUAACAAUAAAUGGACGAUAACUACUCCACAAGCUGAUCACCCCCUCCCACAUUAACUUCGUCUACUUCAGCCGCUACAACUUUCUCUCCGUCCUCCAUCUCCUCACCUGUCUUUCCCUCUUUGUCACGGACUGGAUAAGGUGGAGUCUCUGACGUAGGACAGCGUCCAAAACCAACUUUAUUGAUUUUUUUGACACCACAUAUAUUGACACGGGCAAACUGACGUCGGUUAUUGUCGUAAAUUUCUGUAUCCAUAAAUUCUGAGUUUAUCGCCCAGCCCUAUCUGUCAUCGAUCAGGUGUGAUGAGGCGGUCUCAGUGUAAUAAACCCUACAAAGGUCGCUGGUCUACCACAGGACUGACACACAGAGACAAAGAGGGGCCGAUACCGAAGAAAACUUGCGUUAAAAAACUCCUCACAGGAGCUUUAACUAAAAGUGAAAAGCAGAUUUGCACACAAUUAUUCCAAAAAAUGCAAAAAACAUGUCAGUAAAUGAAUAAAUCUGUAAGAAAUUUAAAUAUUUCAGCUCAUUAAAACUAAAAAUGACAGAAACAAAUAAAGAUUUAAAACAAUACUCUGUUUUUAAUACAUUGUAGUGCGCCUGUUUUCACUCACCGGGUCAGUUAUUCCAUCAUUUGUACAAAUAUUUGAAUCGAUCAUGUUUAAUUUCAGACGGCUUGUUUUGCAUGACUGGAUCCAUUAUUUAUAUCAGUCCAUUCACUCUGCCUCUGUCUGUUUAAUUAAACAUGUUUUUAUACUGAUGUAAUUUAUUCUAUUUCCCGUCACACAUUUUUGACGAAUCAUUAACGAUAAACAGAAAAACAGAACUGUUGCAAAUUUCUUCCCGUCACCUGACAAGAAAAAAUAAUCAUCUCUGCGGUAGAUUUGAGCGUCUGAACACGAUCAGAUGGAGACGUCAGCACCUGUCAGAGAAUCACCUUAAUUAGCUUAAGACUAAAUUAAUGUUAAUGCUCCCGCUGACGUGUGUUACAAGGACAAAAGCGGCUCGCACAGGUGAGGAAAGAGACGGGAACAGACUCCAGGGCAGACGCGUCACCUCUGUGGUUGUAGUUCAGAUAUAAUGUGCACGCUGCUGAUGGCGGCGCACCGUUUGAUAGGCUGCAUCUCAUGCGUGUAAUAAAAUGUUUCCAUCCAUUAAGUUAUUAUUGUCAUUAACCAUCUGUGUUAGCCGGCUGGCUUCUACUCUCGCCCUGACAUCGUGUUGCUGCUGAAACCCGUCUGACGGCGGGGGAAAAAAAAGAGGAGGGAUUAGAUUUAGAUUGACAGGCGAGGAGAGCGAGGCCGGAUUGGUACAACAUCUGCUGAGCAGGUGAUGGAGGAAGAGUGAAGACCGGGCUCACAGUUGGAAUAGCAAGCGUGUGCUGCCGUCAUACUGUGUCUGCUAUUCAUUUUUUCCAGUGACCUUCAGCGAACACGUGCAUAUAAAAGGACAGAUGUACAUUAUUUUGUUGACAGCCGAGUCUCAGGGUCACCCAGCACAGAUAGUUAUUUUUAUGAAACAGACACACCUGCUGGCUUAAGUUCAGUAAUUUACACCAUGAGACAUCUCACAGAGAGAGAGAGGGAAAAAAGGAAGAAAGGAAAGAAAAUGAGGGGAAAAAAUCAGCUCGGACUAAUAAGUAAGAGUCUUUGAGCUGAAACCUGUUCAACCUUACAGAGUUAGGUUUCCUGCAGUUUGAUCAACUCUUAUUGCUAUUUAUAUAUAUAUAUAUUGUUAACAUGCUUUAGACAAAACCAUCAAAUCCAACUCAACUUUUACCGCCUGGCAGGAGGUUUAGAGUCCCUCAGACCGGGCUGAACCAGAACUCUUAUUCCUGCAGGAGUCCAUCAGACUACUCUGAUUUUUCUUAAAGAUUUUGACGAAUGGAAAGUUCCGUAUGUCUCAAAGUGAAAUACAUGGCUGCUGUCUGUUCAAUACAGGCUUUCAUUACAUUAUAUACAUUAGGCUGUUGCAGGUGUGUGCAUAUUCUCUGUUAUUAUAAGAGUGUGUUUUAUCUUUUGAUUGGUCGUAAAACAGACUAAAGUGAACAGUGAUGCAUCUCUGCAAAUUAGACCAUAAAAGACAAGAUCAACAUUUGCUUUACUUUAAUUUUUAAUGCCUGUGACCGCUGUGAGGAGGAAGAAAGGCUAAAGAAACACAGCAAAUGUUAAAAGAGAGUUAUAAAUGUAACUUUAAAAAGACAAAAGGAGGAGAUUUUAGGUGAUUAGCACCACUUUUACAAGAAUGAGAGGAAAUCAGCGAGGAUAUAAGGGUUUGUCCACAUGGAGUGCAACAGAAAGUUUAAAUAUAUUCUUCACAGAGAUUUAUUUUGGACUUUUUAUGCAUGUAUUUGAAGGAAAACAUGUGAAAGUAGGGAGCUGCAUGCAGGAAAGAAGCUGCAGAAUUAAUAUAAUUAAAACGAAUGCAGCAAUGUCAAGAUUCUGCAAAUGAGGAUCAUAAAAAAGGACUAAAUUAACAAACUAUAGAUGAAGCAUUUCAAGAUUAAAGCUGUUUUUUAUAUUGUGCACACAAAUUAGAUAUCUAGGAGGAAUAAGUUACUAUAUUGUGAAUGCUUGAUAAUAACUUGUGCACUGGAUGUAAUUAUCUUGUGAGAAUAAGUUGUUAUCUUUGGUCUACGGGAGGAUAACAUGUUCCCACAGGAUAAUUGCUCUGUGAGCACCAGAGAUUAUUUUCCACACACAAUGAUCUCACAAGAAAAUUAUACUGUGUGCACAAAAUCAUACUUUUGCUCACAAGUUGUCACCUCGUGGGAGCAAAUUUUAUCUUGUGCUCACAAUGUCUUUGUUUUUAGCGAGAAAAAAGCAGAUGUUAAUGAAACUCCAAAGGGACCUCUGUCUGAUUUUCAUGUUUUCUCCGUGUGUCUCUUCAGGUUUUAUCAGUUCCAGUGUUCAGUGUGUACAAAGGGACCAGAGACCAUCCAAAGACUUCCCAUGACCUGGUGAUGUCCACUUUAAGAUACUCACUUUCACAUCUAUUAUCUGUGUGAAAUUUGACGUCUAUAUGGUGUUUUUUACCCGUCUUUUUUUCUGUUUUUUUGUAUGUGUGUGUGUUUGAAAUGCAGGGUGGAUCUGGCUCAUUUAGUCCUCUACCAUCUCUCGCUCUGCUGCAAGAGGAAAUACUUUGAUUUUGACCAUGAAAUCCUGUCCUUCACCAAUGAGAAUUGGGAGUCGUUGCUCCUAGGCGCGGUAUUGAUAUUUCCUAGUUUAAGCACCAUGAUGAAAUGAUGUGAAAUGCUGCCAGGCCUUUUACGUUGGAGACUUAAAGCUUAUUAACCACCAUUAAAGUAAAAAUUAAAAGUUUCAGAGGAGUGACCUCUGCUGAAGCUCAAAGGGGAGCGAAUCAAAGUCAGAGAGGCGUCAGUGACAUUGUGUGUUUAUAUCUAGGACAGGAUUUUUAUCAUUACAGAUGUGUUAGAGUACUCUGAGGCAUGUUCAGGAUGUACUGAGACUUUGUGAAAUAGUACAAUCACUCAGAGUUUAAUUAAAUAUUAUUAACUCAUAGCUUAGUGUUUCUAUUUGUACUACGAACGCUUCCAAAAUCAGGAGCUGGACAGUAAAUCAUAGAUAUUCACAAUUUAAAGCUGUUUAUCCAGGAAGCGUUAGUUCAGUGUUUGUAUGAGUUUUAAUGAUAUUUUAGUUUAGAUAAUGAUUUGGAGUAUUUAUCUAUUCAUUUUAGACUAUUGACUAAUCCAAUCAUUAUACAGUAUACCACACCUUUACUUUCCUAAUAAUUUAGAUUUUUUAUUCAUUGGAGACAAAAUCUUUGAAAAGGAAAAUUAAGAUUCAUCUUUAGUUUUAGAUAUUUAGCUAAAAAAUAACCUUAGAUGAUAUUUAACCAUGUAAAAAGUGAAUACAGUAAUUCAGGUAACUUUUAGUGAUAGUAAAGGACAGAGGAUCCAGUAAAAAGGGCUUAAGCAGGAUUCAAACGCAGGUCACCCACUAUAAGGACUAAGUUCUCUGUAAACGGGGUGUGCCGUCUAAGAGCUGAACCAGAACCACUGAGGAAACUAUUUUAACCUGUUAGUCUACAUUUUUAACCUGUUUUCCACUUUUAACUCACUUCUGUAUCUUUAACACACUCCUUUUUUUGUGCUGACUUUUCAGCUCGUUAUCUAUCAGCGUUCUUUGAACUUCUUUAACAGUUUUCAGAUACUGUAGGUGAACGACUCACAGCUUUCCUUCAACAGUCUGUCUGUUAAUUUUAGCUGACUUCAUCAAGUGAUAUUUGAGCGAACUAUUCAGCCGUUUAAGACUUAUGGCAAGCUCAAGAAUAAUUCAUUCAUUACAACAAUUCAUUUUUCAGUCUUCUACUACAGCAGCCAACCAUCCAAAACCUUUAGCUCGCUAUUUCAAUUGAUAUUUCUGAAUUUUAGUGUCAAAAACUAACUCCUUUUUCUUUUUGUAGGUGUUAUCCUAUAAUUUUAGCGAACUGAAUAACACCUUAUAAAUUAGUUAACUUUACACUAUUAAAUCAGUAUCCAAAACUUUUUGUGAACUUUCUCAGUUGUUAUCUCAGUAUUGUACUUAAGCUAACUGUUACAUUUAGCUAACUGUUGCGUCAGUUAGCUAUCUAAAACCUUUAGCUCACUAUUUCAAUGUUAUUUCUUAAUUUUAGUAUCUAAAACUAAAACCUCCUGCUUCUUUUUGCAAGUGUCAUCCUUACAUUACACUUACUAUUACAUCAGUAUCCAAAACUUUUUGUGAACUUUUUUUAGUUGUUGUCUUAGUAUUUUACUUUAGCUAACUGAUCAAUUUAAGCUAACUGUUGUGUCAGUUAGCUAUCUGAAACUUUUAGCUCACUUUUUCAUGGUUAUUCCAUAAUUUUAGGAACCUUUUAAACUGUUUUACUUUAACUAAGCUAUUUCAACUCCCUUAUUACCCCAGACUGGGUUUUCCUUUCUCUUUUCAUCAGAUGUGAACUUUAUAAACUUCACCCUAACCUUUUUAGAGAUUUCAUCUUUGACACAGCGCUGCUCAGUCAGCUUGUUGUAGCUGGUUUCUGGUUUAUUCUAGUUUUAAAUGGUCAUCCGAGUUCACUUUAAAAAGUUCAGACAUGUUUUUCACAGCAGCAGAUAUGCAGAUAGAUACUCAGUUUUUUUUAGCUGGAUGAGCUCCUCUAUUAUUGCUCUGUAUUACCCCUGGCAGCGGCACAGAUAGCCCACCCCAUGGGGACCGCUCUCCUUGGUUUGGUUUCUCUGAUCUAGGACACUAGCCAGAAUUUGUAAACAUGACUGUGCUUUGGCAAAUCCUCAAACUCAAGUGUUACGGCUUAAAGUUGUAAUUCCACCUGUUUUAAAGUCUGAUGUCGCUCCAGAAGAGACAAUGCGGUAGAGUUCCCCUUAAAUUUCCUUUACAUGUUUCUAAAGCUUUGUGUUGCUGGCUUUAAAAGGCAAUUUCCAAAUGUAUUGUUUGUCUUGUCGUCACAUCACAGCGCAGGGUUUUUAGCCGUGUAGCUGCAACAAGUAGUUUUCCAUAUUAACACCAUCGCUGUCAGUGACUGCGAGGGGAAAAAUGAUUGUAUGCAUUAAAGGUUUCCGUCUGAUGGCCGUCCACUGUGUAAACACGGCUUUGAUUUUUCAUUCCUGUCGUCCUCCAGCUCUCUGACACGCCAAGGCAAGACCGCUGUCACAAUCUCCUCAACGCGCUGAACUCCCACAAGGACAGGUAAGUCAUCGCAUAUGAUGAGAAGAAUAAACACCAACUGCACAUGACCGGAUUGAUGAGCAGCUCUCUAUGAAUAAAGGGGUCUUCUUAGUGAAUUGUCGCACAUGAAGGUUCGAAAUGAAAGAGGUGAAAGGUGUGACUUUGAAUGAAGAGUGAACAAAGAUGUAAGCGCUAAUUGGACGGGGUGAACAUUAACAUGUUAAAGUGCUUUUUUUGUGCUGUACUGGAGAGGCAUAUAAGCCAUUACUAUUGAAUCGCAUUAACCUGCAUGGAGAUGUUUUCUUCUUCAUUGCAAUUUCCAAAAAUAACCUCGCAGUCACAAAACUGCAAAAUUUCUCCAGGCAAAGUCUGCUCCAAUUAUGUAUACUUAAUUACACAGACACCACCUUUGAAAUGUUCCCCAGUCUGCUUUCCCACACGGAUAUUUUUGUUACACAGCGUCGAAUUUAUUACAAGAAUCAAGGAGCGGUAAUAAAAACACAAACACAAAAAUAAGGAGGUGAGACGUUUGAGGCGCAAACCUAACCGGACCUGACUGUGAGAGCUUCUGUUUGAUGUCGCCCACAGGUUUGUCUCUGGAAAGGAGAUCAAGAAGAAGAAGUGUCUUUUUGGGCUGCAGGUCCGAGCCCCGCCGCCGCUUACGACCGACUCCUCGCCCCUCAUCACCGACCCUCCUAUCAACAUCACGCACCGGAGAAGGUCAGCGUAAGGACAGCGCCUCUCUUUUCAGCUCUUAUCUCAGUAACGCGGUGGGAUUCCCACAGGGCGCACAGUCAUUACGCAUGAACAAUUAAGUGGGGAAUCAAAGGAGUGCACUUUUCACAUAUCCGUGUCUUAAUAACCUCCUAGAAGAGUACGAACCCCCCGUGUGGGCUUACAUUUGUGCAUCUGCAAGUGCGUGCAUGUGUGCACUUGAAGCCUGCAGACUUCUUCAUUUUGAAUAAUUUCGAGCAUUUGUCUGGUGCUUAUUCAGACUGAAUUGCAAUGAAAUCAUUUGCAGGAGAGCGAGCAGUCUUAAGAGUGCAGGAGUGCGAAGGGAGGCGGCGUCUUGAUUAGGUUUUUUAUUUUACGGAAAAACUCAUGAGUUUGUGAAACACAAAUAUUAAGUUUGCUUGUAUGAAAACAAUAUCUUUGCUUUUCUCAGUUCCCCUUUUUCUCAUUUGAACAUUUAUUAGUUCUCCCUCUUCAAGAGAUUCGCUGUAUAAAUUCAUGGUUUCUCUAAUUAACUGGCAACCUGAAGAGAAGAAAAGCAGAAUUAAAGUCACACUGCCGGCUGCAGAAAUCUAUAUCCCUGCUCUCUCACAUUGUUAACAACAUUUUAAUUAAAUAGUUGAAGGCAUUGAGAUUUUUAUCGGCUUAACAUGUUGACAAGCUGUUUGUUGUUGAGCCGGUUUGUCAGAGAGGAAACAUCUUCCAGCAUUAUGAGUUUGUAGCUAGUUAUGAAUCGAUACUGGAGCCUCCAUGUGACCUAUAAACGCAAACAGAUCAGUUAACCAGAUCAGUUUUUCAAAGUCCAAAAAAGGGCUGCAGAAACAGUCUUUGUUGUCUGCUUUCAGUGGACAUGAUCUCAAGGACAGUUUAGUUUUAGAGCUGCAGAGUCCCAUGAUGUGGUUUUGUUGGCUUCUCCAUUCUUGGUGGGCAUAAGAACCAGCACCUCUAAAUCUGAGGCCAUGGUCUUCUCCUAGAAAACGGUGCAUUGCUCUCUCUAUGUUUGCUCCAGGUGAAGGAAUUCAUGUAAUUCAAUUGAUCAUGAGAUUGACAGGAAGUAAUGCAGGUGUUGCGUCAGACCGUCAUGGUAAAGAGGGAGCUGAGUUAGAAGGCAACGUUUUCGAUUUACCUGUCGAUCUAUGUUCCGGCCCUCACCUCCGGCCUUGAGCUUUGAGAAGUUACUGAGAAAUGAGAUCGUGGUUACAAGCAGCUGGAUUAGUUUCCAUAGAGAGGAGGUGUGGGACCUGGACAUCCAAGUCAGAGGUGGUUAGGGUGUACGAUAAGGAUGCUUCUGGACACCUCCCAGGAGGGAUUACAUGUCCCCGGCUAGGGAACGCCUUAGGCUCCCACUGGAGGAGCUGGGGAGAAGGAGGUCUGAGUUGACUUGCUUGGAUACCCAAAACUGGACCAAUGUGUGUGAGAGCGUCUCAUCACCUGUCAGGCAAACACAAAGUUCCUGAAAGUUUCCCCGUGUGUGUGAGCAGCAUCAGCAGAGUUUGACACCAGGAAUAUUUCCAGCUAACCCCCUCGGUAUCACGAUGUCAGGAUUAAGUGUGGGAACACUAUCAAUCAAUCAAUCAAUCAAUCAAUCAAUCAAUCAAUCAAAUUUUAUUUAUACUGCACCAAUUCACAACAGUCGUCAUCCCAAGACCCAAAAGAGCAGGUCUAGACCACCCUCAUUGUUUGAAGAAUUAUCAAGACCCAACCUAAGAUGAGACAGAUUUAACCUCAUCUCAUCUAACAUGGACCAAAUCUGCCUGUAAUCAACCAAAGAAAUUCUUGGUCGAACUAAAUCUGGAAAAUUUUGACCAAAAAUCAACUCUGACGGCAAACCGUUCUUCGGUGGUGGACGCGGCUCGGUGGGGUGAAAAUAUGCAGAUAUGGAUGUCAGCACAAGAAGGUAAAAGGCAAAUUGAAACGCUCAAAAUAAAAAUGAAUAUUUAGCAAACCACCGGACGUAGAUGAACGUGGACGUUCUUCAAUUUUCUCUAGCCGUUCUCCAGCGGGUUGGGUGAAUCCAAAAUGGUGAAAACAAGGGAGGGUUUUCCAAGACAGGCUGUUACCUGUGAACACAGACUGUAUUUAGCAAUACAUUUUUUCGUGGGAUGGUAGAGGAAGGUCCCGCCUCUGAUUGGCUAGAAGUGCUGGGCUCUGAUUGGUUAUUCCUUAUGGCUGUGAAACGUCAUCAUCUGUCGGGUUAGGGUUAGGAGAUUCAGAGUUGCGAUAAUGUUCUGUAAUGUUCUGUUCGAUGUACAGAGCCGACAGCCUGUGCUUGGCUUGAGCGUGUGAUGACAUUUCACAACCAUAAGGAUUAACCAAUCGGAGCCCAGCUUUUCUAGCUGGAGGCGGGACCUUCCCCUACCAUCCCACGAAAAAAAAUAUUGCACCCGGGGGGAUACUCUGUUUUAGCCAAGGGUCAUCACAGCGACUCUUGGCGAGUCUCCCGCCGAAUGCGUACAACGCUACUGCGCAAGUGGUGGAGUGCGUACAACAGUGUAAUAUUGGUUUUAGGAAAUGGAGAAAAAACGCAGAAUUACCGAGAGCUUUUGGGCUUCAAAGUCGUACACUGGCGGAUGGCAGAACCAAGUUGUACAUAGUUUAUACAGUCUAUGCCUGGGAAACAGGGAUGCUCUGAAAACACCCCCAUUAGCACUUGGUACAUUUCUCCUGAUGAAAUUAACCGUCGACUGUAAAUCGACCAAUAAGUCGACCAGUCGACUAAGACUUCACAGCCUUAGAGAACAGAGCAGCAGAUCUUCAGGAUGAUUCUCUAAAAGCAGCGGCAGGAGGAGCAGGCGGGUCAAAGAGACGGUGCGUUUACGCUCACACUAAUGUGGAGCUUUAAAAGUUUAGGAGAGGUGUGUUUCAGAGCCGCACGUUUACACCACCUCAGGCCAAACCUCCAACACUGAAUACACAAAACUUCAGGCUUAAUCAAAGCUCGGCUCAAAGAUCAAUUCAGCGCACAUUUUAUUUUUGAGUUUGGACUGGUACAGUAUCAGUGACAUUAAUGCUUAGACAUCACUUCAUCGCUGUGUUACCCUCAGGCGAAAAUGUCAGUUUGACACCUCUCAGGAUGAAUCAUCAGGAUUAUAAUGACUCUGUUGUCUCGUCAUGAGCGUCGCCUCCAGGACAAAAGUACAUAUUCAGAUCUGUGCUACCUUUGUGGCUCUAUUUGUGGAAAUAUGAGGGGUGUGUUUCUCAGAGUGGGCGACUUUUAGGGGGUUUGAGGAAGUCGGGGGACGAGCCGCCGUUUAGAUUCAGUAAAAACAGGAGGAUGAGUGUUUAUGUGAUUGUUUUAAUAACUUUAAACCUCGUUCACUUGAUCAUCUGACUGCUCUCAUCUUUUUAUCUUUAGACAGCGUGAGUGUAUUUUUUAAUUUAUGUGUGUUUUUGUCCUCCUCAGCCCGUUGUCACUACCCUGCCAGAGGAGAGUGGGGGGGCCGGAGUCGCGUAAAUCAAAGCGUCGCAUCAUCGAGACACAGGUCAGUGCCUCUGUCUUCAACUCAGGGCGAAGAGGGGGGAGGUCUGGGCCACAAAAACCGCCCUGAUUAUUUUUCCCUUUUUUCACACAGUCAGGUAAACAGCUCGCUGCCAUCCAAAUAACCUGUCAGUCAGAGGCGGCGAUGAAGGUUCAUUUUGCAGUCUAGAUCAGUCUGCGUGUCUUUAAACAGCCAGUGCAGCCCUCUGCUCCCCGGUAUCUUCCUCUUGCUGCAUGUUUACCGCCUGCUGAUGCUUUGGGAAGCGUGUGAGAGCUGAUGUGUUUGAGUUAAAAUCUAUAAUUCAAAUGCAAACGUGGCUGCACAAAAGCCCGCUCGUGUAUUUCAUCAACAUCUGCAGUUCAGCGCCGCAUUUAUCAUAAUCAUCAAACCCAAUUCCCAGCGGAUCCUCGUGAAACAGGCAGCAUCACAUGUGGCAGUUACUAUUUUUAAACUGCAUCCUUAACCAUCAAUGCUCAUUGUACUGCGUCCUCCUACACAACGCUCUGAUCCGUGUGUGCACGUACAGUAAUCCUGGAACAAUACGCUCCACAGAGCACCAGUUCUCACUCUGGCACUUCCAGGCCCCAUUGUGCCCCUCUGAUUGAUGCUAAUCUCCGUCCGCCUUAGAGGAGCAGCUUCGUCGUUGUCGCCGCCGUCGUCGUGCGGGAAAGUGAGAUGGGAAAGAAUGCAGAUAUGCUAUAGCCUGGGAUCAUUUCCAAGUGCACUUUGCAGUCGAUUACAGUUUGGCCAGGUGGCGCUGGCACCUUGACAGUGCAGCACUGACAGAGCACCUCCAUUUAAAGGCACAGACGUGGACAAAGGCCACUGAAUAAUAAUCUCCUCUCCUGAUAGUAACGCCAGAGAAGAGAGAUAAUGGGCCGAGAGUGGAGCCAUAUGUCACAGUCCAGAGAUGAGAAAUGCUUGUUCCUUUAGGUGACGUUUCCCGUGAUUGAUCGCUCUGAAGAUGCGCUGAUGUUUUAACUUUUCACGGGGAGUGAGUCUGUGUGUCAUGAGAGCUGCCUCACUUAGCAGCCACCUCCGUAAGAUGUGCGAUAAAGGGGAUACAUUCGGGAAGAGACAUCCUACGGCUGUGUCUGAUGAGCCUUGAUGAUGCGACUCACAUCCAUUAAUGUUAGCAGAGUGGAUUUAUAGACAUAUCCGCCCUCAAGACAAGCAGGAACACUGAACCGAGGAUCUUUUUUGUUAUUUUAGGACUGAAAACUCUCUGUUUUUAACCUUUGUGUGAAAAAUGAAACACAAACUGAGCGCUUCAUGUGCAGAAUCAACUUAAUGUAUGUGUGAGCACAAAGGUAUCACGGCCUCAUUGAGUCCUGUGAUGAUGUUGGCGCCCGGACAAGCUGAUCUGUGUGUGUCUCCUGUGCCCAGCCUUGUCCACCCCCGGUCGCUGCCAACCCCAUUGAGCUGCUGCCAUGUUGCCAUGGCUACAUGGGAGGGGCCAGCCUUUACAACUCCAGGAAGUCAGAGGAGGAGCUUAAUUUGAGGUAAGGGACGUGGCAGCGCUUUGGUUUCUGUUUGAUUACAGACCCGUUAAACUUGAACGUUUCGCUCAUGAUGACAGUUUUGUCUCUGACCUUGAUCGGCCCACUAAAACAGAUAAACACGGACAUGUUUAUGAGGCGUUGCAUAAAUAAUGAUCAUAAACCCUCAGAAGAGUGUUCAGAGUUUCUGAUAAGAAUGAAAGCUUUUGAUUGAACGUGAAAGAAGUAAAAAAAAAUCGAAAAAGUCUGUCCUAUUCAUCCCAAGGCGGAGAUUUUACACCCUGGGUACUUUAUUUUGUGCCAUGUGAAGGAAAAAUUAUAUUAUUAUUGGAGAACUUAAGUGAAAACAUAAAGUAAGUCCCUUUGGCUUCUGUAUUAGAGUAAAAUAGCUGGAAACAUGCAGUUGAUACAAAAACCUCAGUAACAUCUAACCUGCAGUUUUGUCCCACCAUCCAGAUCCAGAAACAGAUUUAAUCCAUGCAUAUUACGCCCCUCAGGAUCUUUGGAUUGCCUCCUAUCUCUAAAGGGCUGUAUGAUCCUGCUCAAGUCGUCCAUGGUCCAUCUUCCCAUGUAGAAACAGGGGCAGGGUCCUCCUCAGUCUCAGUAAACUCCCUCAGUGUUCACAGAAAUUCAGGCUCUUUCUCAAUGAUCUGGAUUAUUUGGUUCAGCAAUAACCGACUCUUUCAGCCCCGAGUGCUCUGCGUUCAAGCGUAAACGUUCUUGUGCAAAAGUCGCCCUUUAGGGCCGGGUCAUUCGCAAUCGACACAUCCCCAGACUCUGCAGCUUAGCGUGAUAUCAGCUGCUACUGAGCUGCGUACCUGCAGUGAAGUCAGGUGAUAUGACAGUGAAGUUAAAGAGAACUGGACCCAGCUGAGGGGAUAAAGAUUUCAACCACAGUUUUUCAAACAAGUGUCGACAUCUAAAGGUACUUCAAAAAGUUUAGAUUAGUGAAGAUGUUUAUGAAAGGAGGACUGAUAUUUACCAAACGCUCUGUCUGCUGUGUGAAUGUGUAAAGUGAUGAAAGGUAAUACAGGUUUGUUGCAGAUUAAAUGUUUUAACUUCUGUCUCAUCUGCAGCUCUCCUCCGAAGCGGAUGUACGCUCUGUACCACACCACCUACAACGGGAAUACUCCACACUCCAGGAAUCACCAUCACUACAACAGGUUUUACUCGCCAAACUCUCCCCCUUUAACUUUAAUAGACAUUUAUACUGAUCAUCAUAGAGACACAUAUUUAGUUUAUUCACCAACUAGAAGUGACGUAUGAGGGCUUUUCUCUUCAUCCAUCAUGUUUACUUUAUAAUGUAAGCCCCUAAAAAGCUCCUCCGAUUGUUCACUACUCUCGUAAUGCCAAUACGUUUAUAAAUGUGUGAACAGUUGAGAGUCGCGACUCGUAAUUUGCUGAUUUUGAGGCCUGAGCUCCACAAAACUGUCUUUCCUUUAAACAAACUUGAUAAAUAGGACUCCUCUGCAGUUUAACAGCUCUUUGUUUUCCUCUAUAGAAGCUACUUUAACUGAAAAUAUAUUAAAAAAUGAUCUUUUUUCAAGAUAACCUCACCGAGGUGUCAUUUAUAGCUUAUUUUAUUCAUUGAUAUUGAUACUUGAUUAUGAUUAUUUUAAAGCUCUUGUAAGGAGUUUUUUUUUUUACAUAUAUGAAAUAUAAUGAAGCCUUUUCAUGAUAUUAUUAAACAAACAAAACCAUAAGGGACAAAACUGACAAUUUGCAUGUUGUCAUUUUUAAUUCCUGAAACUGGCACGAGGGGGUAGGUGUAGAAAAAGAUGUUUUUACUAUUUCCACAUAAAAUAUUUACAAUAAAUGAAACAUUUGAUGGUCGAAAAUCAGCUGGGUGAGAUUUUUGAUAAAAAAGCUACUUAAAUAUGUAAAGGACAAGAAAAGCAGCAUCUGCUUUGUGCACAGGGGGGCGCCAAAAUUGAGAGAAACCAAAGGUUUAUAAGAGGAGCUUUAAAAUAAACCAUUUCCUUUCUCCAAAACUUUUUUCAAAUUUAAUUCAGUCUUUAAGGCUCCUGUGAGAAACUUUUUGUUAGUGCCAGUUUUGGUGCCCCUAGUGGACACACCCGUCCUUUACAUGCUUAAAUAAAAACUUCUUCUGCAACUUGUUUGGCUUUAUUGGCACCUACCCCCUCACAGAAGUUCUUGGCAUUGAAAAUCAUAGUAUAAAAAUCUUCAUGCUUGUUGCUGCUUUUCUUUUAUAGAUCAUUAAAAGGCAUCAGUAUGAAUUCCAGUCUGUUUCCUCAAAGUCAAAAAACUCCUCACAGGAGCUUUAAGUGGAGGUUGUUUUAUAUAUCAGGUUGUUUUAUAGUUGGAAUAAUAGGGUAACAGAUGUACUCUUCCCUAACUUCUCCGUAUACUUUUUUUCCCAGCACGGAGGACUCCUGCAGAUUACCACCACCUUGCUUCCCGUAUCCUUUCAACUCCAACGGCAACCAUCAUCACCACCAUCUCUACCAGCACCACCACAGCCAUCAAAGCAACCACCAACACAACCAUCAACAGCAGAACCACCAACACAACCACCAACAGAACCACCAACACAGCCAUCAACAGAACCACCAACACAACCACCAACAUCAGACGGGGCAGAAGCAGCUGGAGCCGCACAUCCUGCGGGAUCUGCCUCCUUACCAGCCUGGGAUGGGCGGAGGGGGUGGCAUAGGCGGUGGAGGUGGAGGGGGAGGAGGUGGCGGAGGUGGUGGUGGUGGUGGUGGAGGAGGGGGUGCAGUAGUCGGGGGGAAUGAGGGGACAGUGGCGAAGAACUGGGGAGGAGGGGAAGCGGUGAGGAUUUUGGCGAGGCGCGUCACGCCGGACGGGAAGGUGCAGUACCUGGUGGAGUGGGAGAAUGUGAGUUUGUACUGACAUGGGCGGAGCAAACCCGAGACGCUAUGACUGUUUCGCCACAGAAAUACUGUGUACUUGAGAUGUGGCGAUGUUUAAAGUACAAACAGGACAAAAAGAAGAAAAAAAAAAACUUCACGUUUCAAAUCCAGGUCUCUCUCUCUCUCUCUCUUAGUACCACCUCUACUCAACGUCACUAUAGCUCACUACUGGUCAGUAAAUGUCCCUCUUUGCUGGUGUUUCUCUGAUAUUUGUACUGUUAACUUUGGAAUAUGCCUUUUGCAUUUAUCAUGUUUUACUGCGAUGAGGACAAAUAUUAAAACCUCCUGAUGAUUUAUAAAUCUCUUCACCACAUCUGGACCGAAAGAUCUCACAGACUCAAACGAAAAAGGACCAAGUCAAAACUUCAAAAUAAGUUCGAAUGAUCCAAACAACCUGUGUUGAGUUGCUUAAAAGUACUCAGUAUGUUUACAGGCACAGUUAAGUCGAGCUGCCGUUACCUGCUGUUGUAGCUCGAUUUGGCAUUUUUGAUUUGACUGUCCCUGUCCCAGUUUACAAGCACCAGGCAAGAAUCAAAGUUGACCGAUCAUGUACCAAAACAAUCGAUAAAAUACGUUAAAGGGAUGUGUGUUAAAAGACAAGUCCAGCCUCUACUUCUCUGUACCUUUUUUUCAUAGGAUGCAGCUCUUCUUUGAUUGGUCUGCUGAAGUUUUGUUUACUAACCGGUGUCCUAGCAACACUAUUCAACUUCUGGGUCAACAGAAAAUGCUAGUUUCUAAAAUGCUAGUUUUAGUUAGCUUUAGGCAAUAAACUUUUUUUUUUUAAGAAGUGUAAAUGUGCUCAUUCUGGCAAACUCAUGUCAGUUUUUGCAGUGCCACUAGAGGGCGCCAGGUUUUGCUUUUUGGCUCCGCCCCCCUCGUUCAAAGACUUUUCCUUAUUCUUUGACCUGAAUUUGAUAAAAAAAAGAACCCAAACUUUUUCACAAUUUUACACUGAGGACCAUCAUUCUGUAAACCUUGAUUUGUUCACGCAGUCUCUCACAGAGUAGAGAACUUUUCCAUCUCAGCCUCUCUGUGAUCGACUUUUUAUUACUUAACCUUUUGGAAAUCAACCUCAUUAGUUUUAUAUUUUAUUAUACAUUUUUUCAGUGUUUUGUGGUCCGUCACAAUUUUUUUUUUAUGCAUUGCUGCUGGAAAAUUAGAUUUAGAUUAAGAUUUUAUCAUUAUUUGAGCUCAGCAUUUAAAAAGUCGUCUUUGCACUAUUUUCUAUUUUAGGGUUUUAAUGAUUUAAUUUCCUCAGGAGGUUUUCGUACUUUUGCUCAUCGCGGUAUGUUAUUAAGAGAUUGUAAACAUGUUAUUACAGGAGUUUGUUCUGUUGGAUUUUGUCAUGAUUUACAUUUAGACUACUGUAAGUAUUAGAAAUAGGAGCCACAAGAGGGCUUUUGUUUUAUAGAUAGAAUUAUAUAUUCACAAUAUAUUGCUAUGAUGGAAUAACUUCAUUUAUUUUUUUGAUGUGGUUGCAUAGUGCCUAUAUGGGUUGUGAACCUGCUGAUGGGUCAGCUGACCUGUGUGAACCAAUAAGGCGACAGAUGCGUGAGGUCAUGUUACUGUAAAUUAGAGAGGAUGGAUUUGGGUCCAGGAAACUGAAACACAGCCGAGUUAUAAUGUUUUUAUUUCAAUCAAGAACAGACUGUGAUGUUACUGUACAUUCCAACCAACUACAAAAAAAAAAGACGUGUAUAUGUUCGAGAAAAGUCUGACGUCACCAGAAUGGAGAUUAUUUUAAAAGGAUGUUUGUUUUUCAGUUUGUUUUCGAUGAAUGUUAUUCGUCAUAAAGUCCAGCCACUGUUCAGUUAGAUGUCAUAAAGAUGCUGAGAAAUCGGAGACUGAAAAUAUCCAAAUCUUGAAGCACACAAUCUUUAUAAGCACUCUGGACUAGAAAAAAGUAUUUCCAAACAUAUUAACAGAAGCAAUUUGGCUGAUAAGGCAGGCGAGUGAGAAUUAUCUUUGCAAAACUUGCAAAUGUUGAAUUAUUAAAGAUGAGUCUUGCGGCUCACCUGCAGUACUUUGGCAGACCAAUAGGGUGCAGCACUUUUUUGUUAGUGCCUCAGCAGCAAAGUGGCGGGCAAGUUAUUCUGCAGUGAAGGUAAUAAGCGUCACUGUAAUGAGGCUCCCUGUCAUGAUAUAUUUAAUACUGAAUCCAACGAUGGUGUUAUACUGGUGUCCUACUGCGCUGCAAAAGCACUACACCUUAGUAUUUGGCUAAUAUAACAUUCUAGCUCCUUUUACACUGUAAGUUUAAGAUGGGAGGGUUACGCCUGAAAUUUAAAACUCACAUGGAUGUUAUGGUCGGGCGAGGUCGUCCCAUGUUAGUCAGACACAAACAAAUUGCGAUGUAAAGCUAGUAGAUAGACGGCAAUCACCAUAUGGAGAAGCUAACUCAAAUUAACCUUUGUGGAGCAAAGACCAGUUUCUUGCACUUUCCUUAAAGUUGCCGCUCAGUGGAUUCUCACUGUAUGUCUCCGUUUGUUUGCAGGUCUUCCCUCUUGUGCGUCCACUUUGCAGAUUUUCCUUCUUUUAAAUCAUAUAUUAGGACACCAGUAUUACACCUAAAUGGGUUUCAAUCAAAGUGCAUCAGCAAAACAGGGAAUCAUCUUGAUUUAAAACAGGGGACUACUUUUUUCAGAGGAACAAUACAUAUAAAAAAAGACACUAAAACUUUUCCCUAAGAUAUUGUAAAAUAUUCCCAGGUGUUAUCAGAAUAAUUCAUUCAUGAUUGGAGUCCUGACUGAACUCCUCAGCUGUAUUUAUAGAGGCAGGUGACGUGCUGCAGUUGGAUUUUAUCUUUGUGCAAACAGGUUACAUUAAUCUAGAAUACUGUGGUGCAAGUUCAGAGUUUAUAUUUUAUACAGAGGCUUAUUUCAACAAUUUCUUCGAUAGAACUUACAUAAUGUAUACUUUUGCAGUUUUGUCUUAAUUAUAGACUGUAUAACAUCUUUAGUUGUAAAAAAAAAAAAAAAAAUACAGAAUUCAUACUGUUAAAAUCAAACCAAUGCAAAUCUCAGAUUUUCUUUCAAACCUCUCUGCUGAAUCUCCCGCACUUUCAGGACGGUGAAACGAUGUACUGUUGCGAUCUCCAUCCUCCUCAGUGACUUUUCCGACUGUAGUUUAUUAGAGAGAGGUGUCUUUUUAGGCGAUGGUGAUGAAUGUAUCUGUGUGUUUUCUAUGGUAUGUCUCUACCCGUCAAGUGCUUGUUCUAGGUCGUUAUCUUGGUGGAACAAAACCAGAUUAGUUUCAGACUUAAUAGGAGGAAAACAAACAUCAACACUGAGGAAGGGCAUUUUAUUUUGAGAGAGGAACUUUUCUUUAUCUCUGAUUAGAAGUCAAGUCCAAGUUCAGUUUGAUGUAUUUUUGGAGAAAUUAUGUUUGUACAUGUAUACUCUGCGUUGACACUUAGUAUGUAACAUGAAUAAUAAAAAUGUUUCACCUUG